GCACUACACUGUAUUACAUACAUACGUCCAUAUACAAUAGCUAUAUCUGCAGUCAUGCCAUGACGCUGCGGUCAGGAACGGCAGCUAAAUAGUGUGAUGUAGCAUAUAAAUGGCUUAUGGAGAGCCCGCGAUAAAAGAUACUGGCUGUCUGAUAGAGAAUAGAAUAAUGCGUUCGUAUAAGCUGCACACACGCCUAUAUUAUAAUGCCACACAAGAAAAGAGAUGGAGUUCGCUGGCUCUCAAAGAAGGUCACAAGCUUGUCAUUGUCUUCUGGGGGUGUCAGUGGAUCGAAUGGUAGCGCUUCUCAGCCUGAAAUACAAGUCAGAGAGCUCCUCGGUGGUUAUAUUAAGUUGGAAUUCGGUGCGACCGGUCACUCCAACCAGGGCAUCAAAGUGCUCGAAGCAGUGUUAGCAGAAGUGGUUCCUCAACACACGUACACCGUUGAUGGGGAACAGAAACCUUCUGAACAAGAAACUAAUGACACAUCGACCCGAAAUGAAGGUGGGGUGGAUGCUAUCAGGCGCGCAAAUUCGUGUGCUUUGUAUAAAACACCUCUAGCGAAAGCUACAGACAAGGAUGUGUCCAGGUUAAGCGACCUCCACUCCAUAAAGGUACCCUCGCCUCGAUCGCCAGUUGAGGCUGAAGAGUCUAACAGCAAAUGUAUGUUACCAGCUAACACACCGACUGAUUUGUCUGAAACAUCAAAUUGGUUACGACGAUCAGCUGUAGUCCCUGAUGAAGGGUGCAUUUAUACAGUCGCGGGUGGAAUCGCUCAACCACUCACUUCCGGAAUCACGGCCCCUCCUAGUGCUAUCAUAGCGCAGGAUGUGGACAUACCUAUUCAGCAAAGUGCAGUGAGAAGAAAUUCGGGUGGCGGCCACAGACGACAAACUAGGUACGGUAGUACUACCGAACUGCCGAGCUUGAUUAACAUCGACGAGGGGUCGUCAAAAGAGGACCUCGAUGUCCUUUCAAUUGGCGUGAGUGCGAAAGCAGGCGAGACAACAACUGAUAUUAAUCACAACGAUGCUUUCUCUGAAGAAACUUUAGCACCUGACGAAUUAAACCGAGCUCGAACCCAUUCGCAGAGUAGUUCGCAGAGCACAGCGCAGCACGCUAGACAAUCUCUUCCAUUCACGCGCAGGUUAUCGCUGUAUAAUAAUGUGGAUGUCGGUGCAGAUACAGACAGUGGUGUAACAGAAGGCUCUCAUUGCACUGAGAAGUGCUGUAAGGGAUGCCAUUCGGGAAAUUGUUGUGGAUCAGUCUAUGGCAGUGUAUGUAGUGCUCAUGAAGACACAGAAAGACUACGUGGUCACGCAAUACGUCAAGCGACAAGUGCCGAUAUAGUGUAUUCAAUGGACGCAGACACAAACUCGAUACACACACCUUCGUAUAGUCAGGCUCGUUCAGACCGCUCUGAUGGUGGACGGAUACAACAACUACAGAAAGCCGAGUCUACCGGUUGCAUUUUGACCCCCGUGGUUGCACGCGGAGCGAAUGGCUUAGCAAAGCACUCGAAGGCCGAUGAUCGUCAUGCACGCGACACGGCGCGGACGCUUGGAUUACAAGCUACUCGUAUACACUCCCAUUCACCUGCAGCGCAGGCCAGACUACAUAGACAUAUAGGCAUCACUUCCGGUUGCUUUCCUUUUGAUAUACCGGACAAUUCCACACCAUUAAAUAAGGCCGGUAUAUCCGUUGGGAAACAUAACUUUGAAGGGGAGCAUACGCGACUGGACAGUCGCUUGCUUGCCAAGAGAUGGACAAGCAAUACUAAAAUGCGAAGAUCUAGCUCCCCUGAAGCUUACACGCAAACACAGACAGCUAAUUCUGGCACACGCUUGGCGAACGACGCGCAGUUGCCGUGCAACUCAACCCAGAACACACCGAUAGAUACGGAAAUCAGAGGGCUGGGUAGGAGUGCAUUCUCGGUCUAUGUUUUUCUGGAUCAUUCUGAUGGCUCUACAACUGCUGGAAAUGCGAAUACAUCUACGACGGUUGUAGACGCCCAAAAACCUCUGGAUUACCUCGAAACUGUGGGCAAUGCCACGCCAAGUUGGGGGAUGUUACCUCUGGCUAGCCCAUUUGGAAGCAAACAGACUAGCGAAUGCAGUGAUGUGAUCGGGGACUAUGCAAGUGUAGCAGCCUUCGUGGAGGCUAUUGCCACCGGAGAAGAUGUAGGCAGUUUCAAGCGCAUGAUGGGCGUUAAACCCUCCAAUACCUUAAAAGCCACGUCAUCUGUCGGAUCAAUUGACGGCCGGCGCCCGGGUUCAUCGUACGAUCACGUACCACCGGUAAGAAGACACAGUACGGCGCGUAUUCCAAUCAGCGUAGCGAGCGUGGAUGAUACGAGAGGGCAGUCAGAAGAGGUUGUGGGGGAAGGAUCCGCUCGUGUACAUUCGCAAUGGGGUAUUAAGCACGCACUGCGCGCCAAAUCUGUUGACCGCGGCGCGCGAGUGUAUAAUCCGGCCUGGGAUGAGCAGCUGUACGUGGACACACACAAAUACACUCGUGGUUCACGUGUCCGGGGUGGCCUGAAGCGCGUGCAGAGUAAAGACACUAGCGGCAGCGAUCAUACAAACCACUCUCACUCGUUGUCGCUCUCACAGAGCGGGGAGAGAUCCAACUCAUCGCCAUUGUUAUCGGGUGCUCGUUCGGGCGGGAAAGCGCCUGUCCCUCGCCAAAUCAUGCCCACGUCCAGCACGGAGAACUCGGUCCAUAUUGUGAACGACCUAGGUGUGGUAGACGAGCUGGAUCGCAUGCUGGUGAGCACCACUACUCUGGUGGUGGUGCUGCUGCAGGGAGAUUCUGUUGUGGGUGGGGUAUCUAUACCACUGAGGAAUAUCACGCCCAGGGAGAUGUGGAUCGAGCUCGCCCCGGUGUCAACCGUGUAUGUAGAGGUGCUGGAACGCAUCCUCAAGUCCAGGCGUUUAGCGAAGACCCAUCAGCUGACGCAGAUGAUGCACAUCAACGACAACACAGCGCUGCAACAACGCAGGAAGAGUGCGGAGCAAGAGGGCAAUCGGUCCUAUUUCCACAAAUUAAUGUCCUUGCGGAUGUUUCUGGUGCUGCUGUCCUUGUGCUCUGUGUUGUGUAUUGUGGUUGUGACGGCGGCUGUCAUGUAUAACGUUACUAUGGACGGUUUGGAGAAUAGUUACAAAGUUGUUGCCAGUCGGAUAUGGUUGAGAUUAGCCAACGAUGUUCAGGGAGAGCUGUAUCUACCAGAGCUGUUAACUAGGACCACGGCGUCGACUUUUUAUAACGACAACAUCGACCCGCAGAGUUCUGCGGAUGUAAUCACGUAUACCUUGCGGCGUUCGUGGAAUGAAACCCGAUUUCUCAAUUCCGUACAUACUAACAAUUUAUUUGUUGGUAGUAUCGAAGAAUACUUUUACGCUACUUAUACCCAAGCGUCGGCUGUCAAUGCCUCUGUCGACGUUCUAAGCGUUGCCAUUCAGAAUUCUCUGAUCUCCGACGACACUAUCGCGUCAGGGGUACGGAACGACAGCCUGGUCAAUCCAUUGAUACGAUUCGGGCCGAACGAGACGUGCAUAGACUUGGAAACUCCACAGUGCAGCGUAUAUAAUACCUCCAACAUAGUACGGGUUGUAGACGGCUUCAUUGUUACAUCAAGACCCUGGUUUCUAGGUGCAGCUGAGAAAUUCGGCACGUUUUGGUCGAGUGUGUACAGCUUUACUGCCAAUGCGGCACUAGGCGUGACUGUGGCGAUUCGUGUUCCAUUCGAACUCGAUCUUCCUGUGAAGUAUGUUGUGGGCGCUGAUAUGACUCUGGAAUAUCUGUCGUCCAAGCUGAGGUCCGGUUUUUUGCGCCAAAAUGAGCGCUCGAAUGGCUACGCCAUGAUUAUAAGUCCAAGCAAUGGAGAGAUGGUGGCUGUUACUAUGGAGGAUCCAGAAACGCUGCUUUUUAGCGAAGUCAACUGCAGCAACGGACUCGAUUCGACACUUGAACGUUAUAGAGUAGUUGACCAUGACAACGAGCGUAUCAGUAAUGUAGGAAGCUUUCUGAUUGACUUAUGCGAGGAGGAGAGUGUUUGCUAUUUGACGCAUGUUGACCUGGAGCCGAGCACCCAAAAUUGUCCGAAUGCACUUCCGGCUGAUUCUGACUGUCUGGACCCCAAUACAGCUCAGCUGUUUGCAUGUCAACCACCCAUUGCAGCCUUCGUCAAUGCGACUUCGGUACCCCCCUCUAAUGUAUCGAACAUUUACGUCAUGCCGAAUAAGGACAUUCUGAGUAUCGGAACUCAUUCGGGGUCGGAUUUGGCUGUCAUCAUUGCGGUCGUCAUCCCCUUUGAGGAUUACGGCGCAUUUUACUCCCGUGUGUUGACCAUCACGGUCUCUCUAGGCGUAAUCAUCAUCAUUGGCUCUCUGGUUGUGUCGUCUAUUGUGGCCCAGAUUGCGACCAAGCCCCUAGUCGAGUGCACGCGCAACUUGACGAAUUUCUCACACCUCGACUUCUCCACCCCCAUUGAUUCGGCGGGAAUCAACUCGCCUCUAAAGGAAAUAGCGAAUAUCUACGCUGUCAUGUCCCUGAUGCGAAGAUCCUUGAGAUCUUUUUCGAAGUACGUGCCGCCAGAUGUGGUUCGACUUUUGGUGAAAUCGGGAUUGGAGGCAAAGCGUGGGGGGCAGAAUCGAAUUAUCACAAGUUUUUGUACGGAUGUGGUAGAUUUUACCAGCAUAUGCGAGGGCCUUUCUGUGGACCAGUUAGAUAUUCUUCUGGGGGAUUAUCUUAUGGACAUGUCACACAUCGUACACGACUGUAAGGGCGUGGUCGACAAGUACAUAGGUGACAGUAUAGUUGCUAUCUGGAAUGCUCCUGAGAUUGUCGUUGAUCAUGCACGUUUGGCCUGUGAAGCUGCCCUUCUAUGCCAGGCCAAACUCGCUCUGUUGCGCUCGAAGUGGACCGUUGCUGGCCUGCCUCCUUUCUAUCAGCGCAUAGGAAUACAUACGGGACAGAGUGUGGUAGGCAACAUCGGAUCCAACAGACGUCUAAACUACACGGCGCUUGGUACUAAUGUUGACUUUGCCUCCAAGCUAGAAGAAAACAACAAAAGGUACGGUACGGCGAUUUUGAUAUCCGAUGUCACUCAGAACCGGGUUAAAGACUAUUUCCUCACGAGACCGGUAGAUGACAUGGUGCUGCCAGGCGUUAAUCCACGCUGGUGCCGAGUGUACGAGCUCGUGGCACAUCUCGAGAUUGCGUCGGCAGAGAGUGUUGUGCGGUGUGAGAGUUUCGAGCGCGCCUUCACUACUCUACAUGAUAAAUCCGAUCCUGUGCUGGCCAUACGAUUACUCAAUGAGUAUCGUGAGAAAUACCUGCGUACAAAUGGUAGCGCGGGAGCGGGGGGGGAUGGAGUUGGCCAAGAAGACUUGCCAGCGAAUCAAGACUACGUGUACGAUAAAGUGUUCGACUUGUUGUACGAGCGAUGUAUGAAACAUAAGGAUAUGCGUAGGCAGAGGGAUUCUCUGGUAUUCACCGAAUAUAGUAGCCGGCGCAACUCAGUUGCUUCUGAUGGCAGUGCAAAUUGUUCGGCGGUAGCAGAAGGCGCUGCGAAUGAUAACUUACUAGGUAAAUCUGGUGUCCAUUGGCAUCAGGAUUGAUUUAAUGAUAUGGGAUACAAACUACAGACUAAAUAAAAUAUGUAUCAGUCACGACAUAUAAAGCCGGUUGAAAAUAUACGAAAUUGGGCUCAAAGAAUUUAUCAACUCAACUGUGUUGAAUCAGAUGCAGGUGGCCGCGAUCUGGCCUGCAAUGUCCAACUCAGCAGACCGUUGGACGAUAUGAAUCACUUUAU